AUGGUAAAAUUUGGGUAAUAAUUUGUUCCACAGAUGAUUGUUAUUCAACUGCUGAAAUCCUACAAUUAUAAUAAUUAGGAUAUUUCAAUAAAAGUUUUAAAAUUACCGCAUAAAUCAUUAAUUUUAGAUUAUAACACCUUAAUGCUAAACAGAGUACCAAAUUUAAACAUGGAGAGUAAUUACAUUUCCUAUAUUAAUUCUGAUUAUUACAUAUAAGCUAAAAAGAAAUUUAAAAAACUUUAUGAAGUUUAUGAAAAUCUAGCACUUUCAGAAGAUAAAGUUGAAACUGAAAAAAUAAUUAAUCAAAACGUUUAUUAGAAUUAAUGGAGCUAACUAUAUAUUAAAGUUUUUAUUCUCUUGUUGAAAUAGAAAAAUUAUCUAGAUAUCUAAGAUAUAAUUAAAAAAAAGAGAGUGACUACCAAUAUUUUGAAACCAAAAACUGUUAAAUUAGGAUCAUAAAAUGAUAUUCAAGAGGAUGGAGAAAAAAUGAUGAAAUAUAUUCCUUCACUCUCAAUUUUUAAAAAAAGACAAUUUUCAUAAGAGAUCACCAUAAAUUUUGACUGA